AUGGGUGACCUUUUGCUGUCGGAGCGUCAGGUCUCCCUGCUGGAUGAGCUUGCUGUGAGCUCCGGUGUACCCUCUGGUAGCGCCAAGGAGGAGCCGAACGCCUUCGAGACGUUUCACAAGCACUGGCAGACGGUGCGAGCUCGACAUGGUCAGCGGGAGGGCUCGAAGAGACGGGGCCGCUGGCAAUGGAUUUACCGGGUCCAGGAGAUUUGCAACUCUGCCUGCGAGGAGCUGGACGCGGUGCUUGAGCAGCUCUCGGAGCUAGAUCGGCAGCGCUGUGAGGUGCUGCGGAAGACCACGGCGCUGCACGAGGAGUGCGAGCACAUGGUCCAGGACCAGGAGCGCCUGGCGGCCGACGCCCAGGCCCUGGGUGAGCGCCUGGACUUCUUCGACCGUGUGGCGGACGUGGCGUGCAUGCUAGAUCACCAAUCAGCCAACGGUCUGCUGGCUGGCACCGGCGGCACGCCUGGCAACCACUCAGAGUUUGCCUCGGUCCUGGACCAGAUCGAUGGCUCCAUCACCUUUCUAGAGGCGCAUCCGGACUUCUGCCAGGCGCAGGCCUAUACGCACCAGUUUGAGCAUCUGCGGAAUCGCGCGUGCUUGGCUUUGCGUUCGACGCUGCAAAGAAGUCUGGAGAAGUCUGCCACGCAGGUGGAGCACCAACUCAAGGAGGGCGCGACCGUGCAGACGCAGGUUUUCUACACGCGGUUCAAAGCCGCUGCGGGAAACUUCAGGCCCUUGCUGGUUCUCCUGCACCAGCGUGUGGAUGUGCACGAGACCUAUGCCGUGACGUUGGAGGAGUUGGAGGGUUUCUUUGUGCACUUGCGCUUGAAGCUGCUCACGCUCCCUGUGUCCACACAUCUGCAGUCCAUGGUCCACCAAGAGCUGGAGAGGAGCCAGCUAGCUCCUGCCACCCGGCAGGCAAGCGCCUACAUCCUGGAGAUCUCCCAACUCGAGCGCCAGCUUUUUGAGGCUUAUUUCGAGCUGCGGCAGCCCCAGGAGGCUUUGCGGACUUUGCUGGAGACCGUGGCGGACAUCUUUUACCAGACGAUGAGACCUCUCGUGCUGACCUGCGACUCCAUCGACUCCUUGCGCGAGAUCGCGGAUUGUUUGCAGAUGGACGUUAUGGAGCCCCGGCAGCGGUCCAAGUCCGAGUUGGUGUCCUUCUUGGGGGUGGUGUACCGCCUUCACAAGGAUGUGCAGGAGAAGCUCAUUUAUCGGGUGGAGAUGUACAUCCGAGACAACAUCAAGGGGUACAUGCCCACCAGCGCGGACCUAGACUACCCGGCCAUUCUCUACGCGGAGAAAGGCGAUCAGGACGCCGCGGAGCACAUGGGCGCGCCAGGCUCCGGGUGGUACCCCUCGCUGCCGCGGACCUUGUCCAUUCUGGCCAAGAUCUACCGCGUGCUGGAAAUGUCCACCUUCCAGGGGAUGGCCCAGGAAGCUGUGGAUCUAUGCAUGCACACGCUGAAGCAGGCGUCGGAGUCUUUGGCCAGGAGGGCCCUACCGAGGUGUGACGAAAGCCUGCAGGCUGUGCUGCCGCUGGUCCAGAUGAUGGAUUCCCAGCUCUUCCUGGUGAAGCAUCUUCUGCUGCUGAGGGAGCAGGUCGCGGCCUUCGAGUGCGAGUUGGUGGUCUCCGAGAAGUACUUCAACUUUGGAAACCUUUGGGAGGCUCUGAACUUGAAGCUGCCCGACGGGAUCCUGGGCAUCCUGAAGCCCACCAUCUACUACGCCGAGGUGGACAGCAAGAAGGACAUCGAGUCGCAGCUUAAGUCUGCGUGCGAAGCGCUGAUCACGAACAUCACUGCUCACAUCACGCAGCCUCUGGCCGCGGUGAACACUCAGAUCGGCCACUUUCUGGCCAGCGGAGUCGAACGCACAUCGCUGAAGGAGCAAGCUUUCAUGCAGCCAGAGCAGCUUCAAAACGUUAUAGGAACCUUCCUCGCCCACGUGAAGGCCAAAGUGCCUUUCGCCACGGCGCACAUCCGUCUCUACCUCUCGGCCCCGCGAGGUGAGGAUGCGAGGCGCCCAUCCUCUUCAAGCCGGUGGAGAUGCGGCUGGUGGACACGUGGGGCCGUUUGGAGGGCCUACUCGAGGAGCAGCGCUUCAGCAGCGAGGAGCUCGCCGCGCUGGGCUUUGUGCGCCCAGAUGCCCUCCGGGAGCUGA